AUGGCUGAAAGUCAUUCAUUGGAAGCAGACUAUGUCAUUGUAGGCGGGGGCACGGCUGGCCUUGUCCUCGCCUCUCGACUGUCCGAGGACCCAAGCAAAACGGUCGUGGUGCUAGAAGCCGGCAAAAAUAUGAUUGAUGAUCCGAGAGUUCGGAUUCCAGGACUGUGGACGACACUGAUGGGAUCAGAGGCAGAUUGGCAGCUGGAGUCCGUCCCUCAGCAGGCCGCAUUGGGAAACCGAGUGAUCAAGAUGACGCAGGCAAAAUUGCUGGGAGGCGGUUCAGGGAUCAACGGCCAGGCUUUUAUUGCCGCGACUCGCGAGGGCAUUGAUGCCUGGUCGAAGUUGGGUGCCACUGGUUGGACGUGGGAGAUCCUCCACGACUACUACAAGAAAUCAUACACGCUCCAACUGCCCGAUCCGGCUACGCGCGAGCAUAUCGGGGUCAGUUGGAUAGACGACCGCAAUCAUGGAUCGUCGGGUCCUCUCAAGAUCUCGUUCCCCGCGACCAUACAGAAUCCAUUGGCGCGGGCUUGGGUGGACACCUUUCAGAAGAUCGGCCGCGGCAUUUCCGCCGACCCUUUUUCUGGCAGCUCCAUUGGUGGUUACAGUAACAUGGCUGCAGUCGAUGGCGAGGCCAAAACUCGGAGCUAUGCGGCCACAGAGUAUGGUCUUCCGGCCAUGCAGCGACCGGGCGUGCAUAUCGUGACCGAAGCCUUGGUACACAGGAUUUUAUUCGAUCCCCCCGACCAGACUGGCGUGACGGCCACUGGAGUGGAGGCCGUUGUUCAAGGCCAAAUGCUCACGGUGAAAGCCACGAAAGAGGUGAUCGUCACGGCUGGCGCGCUCAACACGCCUAAGAUUUUGGAGCUUUCGGGAAUUGGAAACGAAACCAUCCUGGCGCAGCACAACAUCCCUGUCGUGGUCCACAACUCGAACGUUGGCGAGAAUCUCCAGGAUCAUUUGAUGACAGGCAUUAGCUUUGAGACCGUCGACGGUGUCCCCACGGCUGAUCCUUUGCUGCGGCAAGAGCCUGAAGCCAUGCAAGCCGCCGUAAAGAUGCAUGCCGAGCAUAACGCGGGUCCGAUGACGAUUGGAGGCGUCCAAUCGAGCGCCUAUAUGCCUGUUCAAGAUUAUCAUGGCAUCAAGAAACAGGGGUCCAUGCGCGAGCACAUGGAUCGCUUUCUAUCAAACCCGACUGGACGAGACCAGGCGAUCCGCGAUAUUCUCGCACAGCCGGACUCACCCACCUGCUCUAUGUUUAUGUUCCUCGCCCAGGCCAACCUACAUGAAAACGGAAAGAGCUUUGUUGGCCAUGAUCACCUUCCUGGGAAUUAUUUCAGCCUGGGUCUCAUUCAGAGUAUGCCGUUCUCCCGGGGUAGCGUGCACAUUUCUUCGGCCAACCCUGAGGACCAGCAGACGGUAGAUCCCUGCUUUUUCUCGCACCCGUUAGACCAGGAUAUCAUGGCACGCAAUCUGAUGGACGUGGAAAGAAUGCACCGGCACGAACCACUAGCCCAAUACGUCAAGCCGAAUGGGCGCCGGAACCAUCCCGAUGCAUUUCUCACAGAUCUCGAGUCUGCCAAGAAGUAUCUUCGAGACACGGCGACCACCACUUAUCACCCGUCUGGCACUGCGGCAAUGCUUCCUCUCGAGAGUGGGGGCGUGGUGGAUGACAGUCUUCGCGUGUACGGGACAACUAACGUGCGGGUCUGUGACGCCAGCAUCAUGCCGCUGAUCCCAGCGGCGAAUAUCAUGACCACGGUGUAUGCGGUAGCUGAAAGAACGGCCGAUAUCAUCAAGUCCGGUUUGUAA